UGUUAACUAACACAAAUACUUCAAUUGCCAUUUAGCUUAUGAGCUUAACAAAACACUAUAUAAACAAGGUUUUAUCAGUUGUUUCAGUUUAUAUAUCCACCAUGAUCAAAAUCAAAGCUACUGGAAGAAGAGCAAUCAAAGCAACGCCCAGUAGCGCGCGCAAUGUAACUUUUACCAAGCGCCGCGGCGGUCUUUUCAAAAAGGCCAGUGAACUCUGUGCUCUGACCGGUGCCGAGUGUGCCAUUCUUUGUGAAAAUCCGGCUGGACGUGUGUUUGCAUUCGGCCAUCCAAGUGUCGAAUCAGUCGUCGAUAAAUAUCUCGUUAAUAAGACCGCGUCCGAGUUGGCAGAGAAUAAUUUACGCGUGCAUGACGAGUUGAAGAAACAUUAUUUGGAAAUUGCGGAAGAGAUAGAAAUUGAGAAAAACAAAUCGGUGAAGGUGAAAAAUAAUGAUGUUAAUAAUUGUGAUGAUAUGGAUCAAAAAGGUGAGUUAUAUUGGUGGGAACGGCCUUUUGAGCAUUUAGGAGUUGAAGAACUGGAGGAGUAUGUAGGCUCAUUGGAGGAUUUGAUGAGUAAAUUGAAACUGAGAGCGGAUGAUCUGAUGCUGAUCAAGUCCUCUUCGUCGAUGUUCAAUGCGUGCAAGGCCUUGAAUGAUUCGAAUGAUGGUGGAUUAUUGGGUCUGGUUACUGAGGAUCAUGUUCGUGGACAGUCGAAUGAGCUUGUUGUGAAUAAUGACUUGGAUUUUAGUGAUGACGAUGAAUUGCAAUUUGCAGGGCUUCUAUAAUGAUCUGGAACUGCGAGAUAACAAUGUGGCGGUUCCUAAUGUGUGUGGUGAUACUAGUAAGGAGUUGCAGCUUGCUCUUAGUAAUGUCUUUCCUGAUGAUGAUGGUAGAGCCGCGGAUCUUGGUGAUUCUGAUGCUUCAUGUGUUUUACCCCAUGAAUUCAGUUAUAAAUUUCCAACUAAUUAGUUUAUAUAUUUGAUAGAGAAUCAUUGUGGUACUGAUGCAGUUCCCAGUGAUUGAGGUUUUGUUUUGCUACCUAGCUAAUUAAUCAUAAAGCUUCGAGGGUUUCCUCUCCUUGAUUUACUUAAUUAAGUUUACUAGCGUAAUUUGGAUUAUGAGUGUUUAUUUGCAAAUUGCCACUCUUGAAUUAUGAUACCAUUGCAAUUGAUUGGAGAAUAAAUUGUAUAUAAUGUGUACUCAACCGUACCAUGCAUAUAAAUUGAUGUCUGCAGA